CCACUCAGUGAAAUUUUGCAGUCCCAAGAACCUAUACAGAGUGGAAGCCAAAAUGGAAGAUGGUCCUGUUUCCUAUGGCUUUAAAAACAUUUUUAUUACAAUGUUUGCUACGUUUUUUUUCUUCAAGCUUCUAAUUAAAGUUUUUUUGGCUCUCCUAACUCAUUUCUAUAUCGUCAAAGGAAAUAGAAAAGAAGCAGCUAGAAUAGCAGAAGAGAUCUAUGGUGGAAUUGCAGGAUUCUGUUUCAACAUAGAUUUAUGCUGUGUGAUUCCAAUAUACUAGACAACUUUGAAGACAGAUAACAGCAGCCUUAUCCAAAGACAAGGCAUUAACAUGCUUCAAUUAACUGGGGAAAAUAAGAAGAAUCUUGAAGUUUCAGGAACUGUCAGAAGGCCUGGAGUGUGGAAAGAGGUUUCUUUUGGGGAUUACAUUUGUCACACAUUUCAGGGAGAUUGCUGGGCUGAUCGAUCCCCACUUCAUGAAGCUGCGGCCCAGGGACGCUUACUGACCCUUAAAACUUUAAUUGCACAGGGUGUCAAUGUGAACCUCGUGACAAUUAACCGGGUCUCUGCUCUCCACGAGGCAUGCCUUGGAGGUCAUGUGGCCUGCGCUAAAGCCUUAUUGGAAAAGGGAGCACACGUCAAUGGAGUGACCGUCCACGGCGCCACGCCUCUCUUCAAUGCUUGUUGCAGCGGCAGCGCUGCUUGUGUCAACGUGCUCUUGGAGUUUGGAGCCAAGUCCCAGCUUGAGGUGCACCUGGCUUCACCCAUCCAUGAGGCAGUGAAAAGAGGUCAUAGAGAGUGCAUGGAGAUUCUGUUGGCAAAUAACGCUAACAUUGACCAAGAAGUACCUCAGCUUGGAACACCCCUCUAUGUGGCCUGCAUCUACCAGAGGGUAGACUGUGUGAAGAAACUUCUAGAAUUAGGAGCCAGUGUUGAGCACGGCCAGUGGCUGGACACCCCGCUCCAUGCCGCUGCGAGGCAGUCCAGUGCAGAAGUCAUCCACCUGCUGUCAGACUAUGGGGCGAACCUGAAGAGCAGGAAUGCUCAGGGCAAGAGUGCCCUUGACCUGGCGGCUCCGAAGAGCAGCGUGGAGCAGGCGCUCCUGCUCCGGGAAGGACCCCCUGCUCUGUCCCAGCUCUGCCGCCUGUGUGUUCGGAAAUGCUUGGGUCGAGCAUGUCAUCAAACCAUCCACAAACUACAUCUUCCAGAGCCACUGGAAAGAUUCCUCCUAUAUCGGUAGUGCCAACUGUCCAUGGGAAGACACUUGGAAGUAACCAGGUUGUUGCCUGCUAUACCCAGGAUACCUAGUGUAGACGCCUAGCAGCUAGACUCUCCACAUCUUCCAAUGAGCUAAGCCAGUUAGAGUGAAUCCUGAUGAGCUGGAACACUUCCGAGCAGAAGCUCCUGGUUAGUUUAAUGUUCUCAUUAACCAAGGGGCACCCAGAAACCUUUCUGAUUUUACUCUUGUUGUUUAGAGACUUAAACUAUGAAGUAGAAUGAAAUCAUAAGCUAUUUUUGAAGAUUCAUGAUCUUUAAUUAUCUAAUGGUCAACAUUCUGAAAAUGGUAGAGACACUUGUAAAUCUCAGUGAAUAUGAUUAUGAUGAAUAUGUAAGUAGUCCAAGAUGUGCUCCUGAUUGAGUUCCCCCCUUUUCCCCCUUUCUUUCUUUCCUUCUGUGAAUAAAUUUGUACUAUAA